AGCAACUGGGCUGUGGCACAGAUCUUAUCACUAGACGUGUAAAGAGGCUCCUCAGGCCAUGCAAGGAAGCCAGGCCUGCCAGCCCCCAUCUCGCUGCCUUGUCUGCCUUACUGUCCCUGUCUGCCUGUGUCUCUGUCUCUGUGUGUUAGGUCGCUAAAGGAAUAGAACUGAUGACUGCGUAUAUGUACAUGUGUAAUGAACAUGUAAUACGUAUGUAUCACACACACAUACAGAUAGAUACAGACACCGGUGGCCACUCAGUAGAGCACCUUAUGGUCUGUGCACUAGGUAGUUGAUCAGCAGUUGUCUUUAGUAGUUGCUCAGUCCUUGAAGCCGGAUGUCCCAGCAGUCCUGAUCCAGUGCUGGAGUCCUGUAGGAUUCUUAGGGAAUGCUGGUCUUCAGUCUGCACUGGAAUUCUGAAGAACAGGGUUCUGACACCAGCGAGGGAGUACCUCGCAGCAGGGUAGAUGAACCUGCCAGCGAGUGUGAGGGCAAGCAGGCAGAAGCAAAAGCUUCCUCUUUCCAUGCCCUCUUAUGUGGAAGAUGUGGCCCAGGUUUAGGGUGGGUCCAGGCAAGAGACUUCCCCCACAGGUGUGCCCAGCACCUUGGGUGAGUUCAGCCCAUCUGUCUCUGUGUGUCUCCCUGUCGUUGUCUCUGCCCUCUGCCUUUGUGUCUAUGUGUCUCCAUCUCUGCUGAUGCCAGAGGCCCACACCUGCCUCCCUGUGGUCAAAACUCCCAGAGGUGAGCUCCCGCACCCCCCUCCUACCAGCUGUGCCCAUGUGAUCUGCUUGUCUGAACCCCAUUUGUCACACACAUCUGGCAACAUGGCUGCCUGUUACCUCUUAUUGGCAGAUAGCCACACCCAUCACAUUGGGUGAGCGUUUAUUGAACACUUGGUGUUUGUGUGUCCUGCACACACUGCCCCCAGAAUGCCUGUAGCGGUGCCUACCCUCAUGCCUGUUGCCCUGUCCACAGAAGGUUGGACCAGGGCAUUCUACUAGAGCCUCUGGCUGUGGGGCCUCAGCUUGUCGCCUGCUUCCACCUCCCCCAUGUCUCCAGGCCUUGGAUGGCCUCAAAUUCCUCAGAACAAGAAGGAGCCAGACAUGAGCCAAGCUUCACAGCAGGGCAGAAAGGACAGGAAGAGUGGCAUAAGUGAGCUGGAGAUGUCUCCCUAUGGUCCUCAGAGGGAGGCAGGACAGUGAGAAUCAGAGAUUCUUCCCGAGGCUGAGCUGCCUGCCCUGAACAGGGGAGGAGUUGAGUCUACUGGAGAUGCAUGUGCUGCCAGCCCCACCCAUGUGGAUGUAGAGUCUGCCUUACAGGUGGCAGGAUUCACAGUGGCUUCAGGACACAGUUUGCCAUAGUUUGUUCCUGUGGCAAGAGAAGCGGCUACCCCAGCGCUCAUGCUACUUCUGUGUUCCAUGUGGACAUGUUCCCUACCUGGAGUCAGACCCAGAGCUAGAAACUAAGCCUGGGGCCUGAGGUUCCGGCAGAAGAAGCAAAAAGAGAAAAGACAUGGAUCAUGUGACUGAGCCAUAGAGGAGAAAGCCUGUGGAAGGAAGGCUUCCCGUUGUCCCUAUACUGAGGAAGUCAGGCACAAGGAUAAGAGUUUAGCUGUUCCUGGACUACCAAGAGUCUGUCUCAAAGCAACAAGAAAACUGGCAGAGAAAUAGAAGAAACCAAAUAUUGUCUGCCAUUCAGCCUGUUCCUUUCCCGCGGGUAGGAGCCUCCUGUGUCCUUGCAUCUUGGAAGUUGCCUCUGAUGUCUGCCAUCUUCUGUUCAGCCUCCUGUUCCCCUGGCUUCUUCCUCCCCCUGCUGUGAGCUGUGGUAGUCUCCCUGACAUACAUUUCCUACGAUGCUGGCUGGCUGCGUAACUUUGACCCUUGGGGCCUAAGUAGCUGCUGACUGGACCCAACAUGCCACACACUGGUUACUUCAGGCUCCACAGAGUGUCUUGCGUGCCUUACAGUGUCCCUGGAGCCCCGCCUGCCUUUGCGGCCGGCCCCAGCCCUCGGCCUCCUGCUUCUACAAGGAAAGGCCCGUGCACUCCUGCUCGGUCCUCAUCUCCAGGUGGUGUGGAGCCUCCCCAUAGGCUCUGAUAGCCCUGCUUGGUGACCGGAACAGCGCCACAGUCCCUGUGGGAAUGCCCAACCUGGGCGUGCAGGACCCCUCGUGCCUCGAGGACCUCUCCAAUGCCUCUGUGUUCUCAUCAUCUGUGGACUCCCUGUCGGACAUCCCGGACACGCCUGACUUCCUGCCAGCCGACAGCCUGAAUGAGGUACCUACCAUCUGGGACGUCAGCACCACCUCAGCCACCCAUGACAAGCUGUUCCUGCCUAGUGGGCCAUUCCCAGCUCUCGAAGACCCGGUGACUUCACUCUCCAACACUCCACUUCUCGUCAGCUAUCAGUCACACAGCCAGCCUGAGGAGGAGGAAGGGGAAGAAGAGGAGGAGGCAGAAGAACUGGGCCAUGCUGAGACCUAUGCCGACUAUGUUCCAUCCAAGUCCAAGAUUGGAAAGCAGCACCCAGACCGUGUGGUGGAGACCAGUACACUGUCCAGCGUCCCGCCCCCAGACAUCACCUACACCCUGGCACUACCCACCUCAGACAGUGGGACCCUGUCUGCCCUACAGCUGGAAGCCAUCACCUAUGCCUGCCAGCAACACGAGGUCCUGCUGCCCAGUGGGCAGAGAGCUGGUUUUCUGAUUGGGGAUGGGGCCGGCGUGGGCAAGGGCCGCACAGUGGCUGGCAUCAUAGUCGAGAACUACCUGCGGGGCCGGAAGAAGGCUUUGUGGUUCAGUGCCUCUAAUGACCUCAAGUACGAUGCAGAACGGGACCUGAGAGACAUCGAGGCCCCAGGCAUUGCGGUGCAUGCACUGAGCAAGAUCAAGUACGGUGACAACACUACCUCAGAGGGUGUCCUCUUUGCCACCUACUCUGCCCUGAUUGGAGAAAGCCAGGCAGGUGGGCAGCAUCGCACACGCCUGCGCCAGAUCCUGCAGUGGUGUGGCGAGGCCUUCGAUGGCGUGAUUGUGUUUGACGAGUGCCACAAAGCCAAGAACGCCAGCUCCACCAAGAUGGGCAAGGCCGUGUUGGACCUGCAGAGCAAGCUGCCCCAAGCCAGGGUGGUAUAUGCCAGCGCCACAGGUGCCUCUGAGCCCCGCAACAUGAUAUACAUGAGCCGCCUGGGCAUCUGGGGCGAGGGCACGCCCUUCCGGACCUUCGAGGAGUUCCUGCAUGCCAUUGAGAAGAGGGGUGUGGGCGCCAUGGAGAUCGUGGCCAUGGACAUGAAGGUCAGCGGCACGUACAUCGCACGCCAGCUCAGCUUUGCGGGGGUCACUUUCCGAAUUGAGGAGAUCCCACUGUCCCCUGCCUUCGAGCAGGUCUAUAAUCGGGCAGCCCGGCUGUGGGCCGAGGCCCUGAACGUGUUCCAGCAGGCGGCCGACUGGAUCGGCCUGGAGUCUCGCAAGUCCCUAUGGGGUCAGUUCUGGUCAGCGCACCAGCGCUUCUUUAAGUACCUGUGUAUUGCUGCCAAGGUGCACCGGCUAGUGGAGCUGGCGCAGCAGGAGCUGAGCAGGGACAAGUGUGUCGUCAUCGGGCUGCAGUCCACAGGGGAGGCGCGGACCCGAGAAGUGCUGGAUGAGAACGAGGGCCGUCUGGACUGCUUCGUCUCCGCAGCAGAAGGCGUCUUCCUGUCCCUGAUCCAGAAGCACUUCCCUUCCACCAGGAGGAGGCGUGACCGUGGAGGAGGAAAGAGGAAACGCCGGCCUCGGGGUCGUGGCCCCAAGGCUUCUAGACUGGCACUGGAGGCAGCAGGAAUUAUCCGAAUAAGUGACGGCAGCAGCACGGAGUCAGAGGCUGGCCUGGAUAGCGACUUCAAUUCCUCUCCAGAGUCCCUGGUAGAUGAUGAUGUAGUCAUCAUAGAUGGCCCCACGCUCCCCACAGAUGACGGAGGUCCCCUGUGUCCACUUCAGAGAGACCUGCAGGGCCCUGGUGUCCUAGAACGUGUGGAGCGACUGAAACAGGGCCUGCUGGCCAAGGUGCGGGCGCUGGGCCGGGAGCUGCCAGUGAACACGUUGGACCAGCUCAUCCAUCAGCUUGGGGGCCCUGAGUGCGUGGCUGAGAUGACUGGCAGGAAAGGCCGAGUGGUAUCGAGGCCCGACGGGUCAGUGGUCUUUGAGUCCAGAGCAGAGCAGGGCCUGUCCAUCGACCAUGUGAACCUCAGGGAGAAACAGCGCUUCAUGAGCGGAGAGAAGCUCGUGGCUAUUAUCUCUGAGGCCUCCAGCUCUGGUGUCUCCCUCCAAGCUGACCGUCGUGUCCAGAACCAGCGGCGCCGGGUACACAUGACCCUGGAGCUGCCUUGGAGCGCAGACCGUGCCAUUCAGCAGUUUGGCCGCACCCACAGGUCCAACCAGGUCUCAGCACCCGAGUAUGUCUUCCUCAUCUCUGAGCUGGCAGGGGAGCGCAGGUUCGCUUCCAUUGUGGCCAAGCGGCUGGAGAGUCUGGGUGCCCUGACCCACGGAGAUCGCAGAGCCACUGAGUCCCGAGACCUGAGCAAGUACAACUUCGAGAACAAGUACGGCGCCCGUGCACUCAGCCGUGUCCUUGCUACGAUCAUGGGCCAGAUGGACAACAGGGUGCCCCUGCCCCAGGGCUAUCCAGGAGGGGAUGCCGCCUUCUUUCGGGACAUGAAGCAGGGCCUGCUGUCUGUGGGCAUCGGCAGCCGCGAGUCACGCUCAGGCUGCUUGGAUGUGGAGAAGGACUGCUCCAUCACCAAGUUCCUGAACCGCAUCCUUGGGCUGGAGGUGCAGAAGCAGAAUGCUCUGUUCCAGUACUUCUCUGACACGUUUGACCACCUCAUCCAGAUAGACAAGAAGGAGGGCAGAUACGACAUGGGCAUCCUGGACCUGGCCCCUGGCAUCAACGAGAUACAUGAAGAAAGCCAGCAGGUGUUCCUGGCACCUGGGCACCCACAGGAUGGGCAGGUGGUCUUCUACAAGCAGAUUAGCGUGGACCGCGGUAUGAAGUGGGAAGAGGCGUUCACUAGGUCACUGGAGCUGAAAGGCCCCUAUGAUGGCUUCUACCUCUCCUACAAGGUACGAGGCAGCAAGACAAGCUGCCUCCUGGCAGAACAGAAUCGCGGCGAGUAUUUCACCGUGUACAAGCCAAACAUCGGCCGGCAGAGCCAACUGGAGACCCUGGACAGCCUGUGCCGGAAGUUCCACCGGGUCACCGCGGAAGAGGCCCAGGAACCCUGGGAGAGCAGCUAUGCCCUGUCGCUGGAGCACUGCAGCCACACCACCUGGAACCAGCGCUGCCGACUGGCACAGGAGGGCAAAUGCUGCGCCCAGGGCCUGCGCCUCCGCCACCACUACAUGCUGUGCGGGGCGCUGCUGCGCGUGUGGGGCCGCAUCGCCGCUGUCAUGGCGGAUGUCAGCAGCAGCAGCUACCUACAGAUCGUGCGCCUCAAGACCAAGGACAAGAAGAAGCAAGUGGGCAUCAAGAUCCCUGAGGGCUGCGUUCACCGCGUCCUGCAGGAACUGCAGCUGAUAGAUGCGGAAGUGAGGCGCCGCAGCACCCAUGGGUUGGCUGUGCGCCCGCCCACUCCACGCGCGAUUACGCUUCCUUGCGGUCCUGGUGAGGUGCUGGACUUGACCUACAGUCCCCCAGCUGAGGCUUUCCCAGAGCCUCCACGCUUUGCCUUCCCUUCGCUGCCGCCCCCAGACCCCAGCUCUCUGAUGUUGGGUGCUAGAGACCCUGCUACCAACCCUGUGGAGCUGGCACACCAGAGCUGCGACAUCAAUUUCAGGGAAGUGUUGGAGGACAUGCUCCGCUCUUUGCGCGCGGGGCCCACUGAAACCCCUGCACCUUUGGUGGGCGUGGGUGGGGGGGGCACAGAGCGACAGAGCGUCAUCCACUUCAGCCCACCCUUCCCAAACUCUUAGGCUGUAACUUCGGCCUCUGGACAACUGUACUGGGCAGCCAGGCCUAUGGGCUCCUCUGCAAGCAGAGGCUCCACUACUGAGGGUGCCUGGCGGGCCGCAGUGCCUUCCCAGCUGGUGGGGUGUGGGCCUGUGUGUCUCCCCUGCUACAGCCGCGCAGCCUAAAAGCCAUGGGGCUUGGUAGUCCCAGAGAGCUGGCAACUCAGGAAAUCGGUGCUCGGGCCCCGCUGGCUAUGGGGGGCUCCACGGGGCAGACCCCGUUAAUAUAUGCAAUCCCCUGCUCCCUAAAUUAUUGUCACCUGCCCCUCCCCAGCUCCGGAGUCUCCGGGCAGCCGGCAGGAAUUGUCACCUGCCCCUCCCCAGCUCCGGAGUCUCUGGGCAGCCGGCAGGAAUUGUCACCUGCCUGUCCCCAGCUCCGGAGUCUCUGGGCAGCCGGCAGGCCCUGGUUUCUAUGUAUUUAUAAUGAGCUUGUGUACAUAUGUAAAGAUCUUUUUAAAUAUAUGUGCCUUUUGCUUA